AUGAGUUAUAACCCGGAAAGGAUCUCCUCCUACCGCCGCCGCUUCGAGGGUGGGGAGGCCUCAUCCUCCUCUCUCCAGAUCCGCGUCUCCAGCCCCUCUUCAACUCACUGGAGCAGCCGGGGCCACUCAAGCAGCUACAAUCGUAAUGCUGUCGCACUGCCUGGCUCCCGCAGGGUGCAGGCGACUGGAAGCGGUGCCAUCAUGAGCAUGAGCCUGUGCGUGAGCGGUGCCACUGGGGAUCUGGAUGCGGCGUCCGCAGAGAAUCAGGCCUUCCUGAACACUCGGACCUCCGAGAAGCAGGAGAUGAUCACCCUUAACGACCGUCUGACCAAGUACAUCGAGAAGGUGCGCUCCCUGGAGUCUCAGAACAGGAGUCUGGAGGCGGAGAUCGAAGCGCUGCAGAACCGCUUCACCAAUCCCUGCAUGCUCUACGAAGAACGGCUGAGGGAGAUGAGGAGGGUGGCUGACCAGAUGAUGGCUCAGAGGGACCUGGCGGUUGCUGCUAAGGAUGCCAUGGGUGUCCAGGUGGAGAUGCUGAAGGCAAAGUACGAGGAGGCUCUGGAGGCCCACAAGAAGGCCGAGAGGGAAAUUGAAGCUGUCCGCCCCGAUGUGGAUGCUGCUACUGCUGGCCGCAUCACCCUGGAGAAACAGCUGGAUAACCUGGAGCACCAACAGGAGUUCCUGCAGAGGGUCCACAAGCAGGAAAUUGAGGAGCUGAUGGCCCAGAUCUACAGCUGGGUGGCUAAGGGGGAUAUGGCGUUUGCUCAGCCGAACUUCGGCUCUGCAGUCAAGUCCAUCCAGGCACAAUACGACAAAAUGGCGGCCAAGAAGUUACAGGAAAUGGAUGCAUGGUACAAGACUCAAUUCCAGGACAUGUCGCAGACAUCAACGGGACACAUGGAAUCUGUCUGGAGCUUCAGAGAGGAGAUCAGGGGGCUGAAGACAGAGAUUCGUAGUCAGGAGUGGGAGGUGGAGAGGCUGAUGACCAGGAGCGAGGUUCUAGAGGCAAAGCUGCGUGAUGUUACCGAACGCUACAGGAACGAGGAAGAGACUCUCCAGGUCAGAAUUGAUACUUUCAAUCAGGAGCUGAGUGCCAUCAAGAGCAAGAUCAUAGUGACGCUGAAGGAAUACGAAGACCUCCUGAAUGUUAAGAAGUCCUUGGAGAUGGAGAUCACAACCUACAGGAAACUGAUCGAGGGUGAGGACAGCCGCAUGAACAGCACGGUGAGCUGCUUGCCCCUCAUGGGCAGCGCUGGCAUGAUGGCAGGUGGCACCUUAGCCAUAAUGGCCGCUGAGGCCGCCGUGGAAAGCGUGCCUGUGAGUGCAAGUAGCGUGUCAGCAACCGAAACGAUUGCAAACGUGACCUCUGAGCUUGAAUCGGCAGCCGUGACCAACGGUGUGUCCAAUGGCGUUAGCGAGGUGGAAAACGGUGUGAACGGUGUGUCCAAUGGCGUGAGCGAGGUGGAAAACGGUGUGAACGGCGAGUCUGAGACCUCCUCCACUGUGGAGAUGGAGUCCAAGAUCGUGGUGAAGACCAUCACCGCUUCCUUCUCUGAGGGGCAGGCCGUGGAGAUUAUCUAGAGGAAGACCCUGCUCAUGUGUUAAGACCGAUGAGAACGCGAUCCAGAGGGACACAGAACGAACCUUCAUAAUCUCUGGAGCCGUCACCGAUGACACCGAUGGACACCCCCCCCUAAGUGUCAACUCUGACUUCCUUGACCUUGAUGACACUUAGUUGCCCCCCCGCAAGACCUACCCCCAUUUCUUUUCCUCCCGUGGGUCCUCUCUUCUCCUGUGGCACA